AUGGACAAAAUUGAGGGUGGAGAAUGUGCGAAAGAUUUGCGAGGAUUGGCCGUUGACUUCAGACGAAAAUUCCCGGUCAAAGUACUAAAGAGCGGGAAAGAUGGACGACUGGCUGAGGUAAUUUUGCACCGUCUUUUGGAAUGUCAACGUAAGGAAAAGACUAGACACUGGGAUGAAGUUGAUGCACUGUUCAAAAAAAUUGCCAGUUUUGCAAAAAGUGAUGUCGAAGAAUGCCAAAAUGCGUUGGUGGACGAAUAUAUCUCAUGCAUGAAUCUGAUAUCCUAUACAUGUCAAUUUGUGCAACCAAAAUUCCAGUUUCGGCUAUUGCCAGCGAAACUGAUCAUACAGGAAGCUCGAGCUGCAGAAAAAGCUGCUGAAGUCUGCCGUAGCAUAACACGUAAAACCAAAGAACGUCUUGAAAAAGUUUAA